AUGUGGGGACGAACUCUAGUUGCAGCGCUCGGGGUGCUCGUUGUCACCGCGUCUGCGACCGACCCUCUGCCAAGCCAACAAGUGCGGGCGCUUAAAGCGGAAGCAGGCAUGUGGAGCUUCGGGUCGAAGGCGUGCGAGUGCAAGUCCACUCCUCGCCCGUGCCUUUUUAUCCACGGAGAGAGCAACGAAAACGAAGAAAAGGAGCUGCAGACCAAGUCUAAGAAGUUCGGCGAUAUGUCUGACCACGCCCCGUGCUGCUCGACUAUCAAGUAUGCGUCCCUGGACACGAUGACAGCUCGUUGGACUGACAAGAGCCUGCAGAAGACGGUAUGCGAACACGCUCUGUCUAUGAGCAAAACCAGCGACGAAGACGAAGGGCUGAUCAAAGACACUAUCCUGGUGACUCACUCGAUGGGCGCGUUGAUCGUGGCUGGCGCGGUCGCCAACGAGAGGUGCAGCCUUGAUAACAGUACGACGUGGGUGAGUAUGAGUGCGCCUAUGAACGGUACGAUGGCAUCGAACUACGUUCAGGAUAUCUGCACGGACGAUGACACGCAGGCUUUCCGAAAGAUUUUGACACUCCUUGGAGAAUGCCCCGUUGACGCUGGCAUGAAGUCUAUCGCGUACAUGGGCGGUAAGUAUAGUACCAUGGAUCUCAACAAAGCCUACGUGGCUGCUCAGAAGGUUUACCGGGAACACGUUUCGGCGGCCAUGUGCAGCGACGAUGACAUCGGCACCGUUUCCACGGACCAGGCCAGCUACCUGUAUCUUGGCUCCCAGGUCGAGCAUGGCACCAAGCAGCACGAUGGUGUAGUGACGUUCGAAAGCUGCCGCGGUGGAUUGCCCGAAAAUCUUUUUAGCAACAACUACGAAGACAAAUUUUACGUGUCAAAGUGCAACCAUGCUGACACUGCGUUCCUUCAUGGGGACAGCUACUUCCGCGACACGAUUAAACCGGUAAGUUGGUUCGAAUGCCUUCUUUAA